AUGGCGCUGCCGCGGGCGCGCCCGCCGCCAGCAGCCCCGGCGCCGCCGCGCGCCUGCCUCCCGCGGGCGAGGGGAGGGCCAGCGGGAGGGGGAGGAGGAGGAGGAGGAGGAGGAAGACGACGCGGCCAGCGGCGGAUGCGCACGCCGGGGCGCGCGGGUCCCGCGCGGCGGCGGCCGUGGCCGCCGCAACAAAGGGGCGUGCGGCCGCGUCCAGGCUGCGGGAGCCGCGCGGGAUCCGAGUUUUUCAUCAGUAUGUCUGAAACCAUUAAAUAUAAUGAUGAUGAUCACAAAACUGUGUUCCUGAAAACAUUGAAUGAACAACGGCUGGAAGGAGAAUUUUGUGACAUCGCUAUCGUGGUUGAAGAUGUUAAGUUCAGAGCCCAUAGGUGUGUGCUUGCUGCCUGCAGUACCUACUUCAAAAAGCUUUUUAAAAAACUUGAAGUUGAUAGUUCAUCAGUAAUAGAAAUAGAUUUUCUUCGUUCUGAUAUUUUUGAGGAGGUUCUCAAUUACAUGUAUACUGCAAAGAUUUCUGUUAAGAAAGAGGAUGUAAACUUGAUGAUGUCUUCAGGCCAGAUCCUUGGUAUUCGGUUUCUUGAUAAACUCUGCUCUCAAAAACGUGAUGUAUCUAGUCCUGAAGAAAACACCCAGUCCAAGAGCAAGUACUGUCUAAAAAUGAACCGUCCUAUGGGGGAACCCAAUGAUACCCAAGAUGAUGAUGUGGAAGAGAUUGGAGAUCAUGAUGAUAGUCCAUCGGAUGUGACAGUGGAAGGCACUCCCCCAAGUCAGGAAGAUGGUAAAUCGCCAACCACUACCCUGAGAGUACAAGAGGCAAUUCUGAAAGAGUUAGGAAGUGAAGAAGUUCGAAAAGUAAACUGCUAUGGCCAAGAAGUAGAGCCUAUGGAAACAACGGAAUCUAAAGACUUAGGAUCUCAGACCCCUCAGGCACUCACAUUUAAUGAUGGCAUAAGUGAAGUGAAAGAUGAACAGACACCAGGAUGGACCACAGCAGCCGGUGAUAUGAAGUUUGAGUACUUGCUUUAUGGUCACAGGGAACACAUUGUAUGUCAGGCUUGUGGCAAGACCUUUUCUGAUGAAGCACGUUUGAGAAAGCAUGAAAAACUACACACUGCAGACAGACCAUUUGUUUGUGAAAUGUGUACAAAGGGCUUCACCACACAAGCUCACUUGAAAGAACACUUGAAAAUACACACGGGUUACAAGCCUUAUAGUUGUGAGGUGUGUGGGAAGUCUUUUAUUCGGGCACCAGAUCUAAAAAAGCAUGAAAGAGUUCACAGUAAUGAGAGGCCAUUUGCAUGCCAUAUGUGUGAUAAAGCUUUCAAGCACAAGUCCCACCUCAAAGACCAUGAAAGAAGGCACCGAGGAGAGAAACCUUUUGUCUGCAGUUCCUGCACUAAAGCAUUUGCUAAGGCAUCUGACCUAAAAAGGCAUGAGAACAAUAUGCACAGUGAAAGAAAGCAAGUUACAGCAGCCAACUCCAUCCAGAGUGAAACAGAACAGUUGCAGGCAGCAGCCAUGGCUGCUGAAGCAGAGCAGCAAUUAGAAACUAUAGCCUGUAGUUGA